AUGAUAAACGAUGAGGAACAGAAGGGAUACACAUGGGAGACGGCUUAUGCCGAAGGGUUGAAUAUUCGCGAAGUUCUACAAGAAGAUGAAACGGGUUCUGUAGAGAAGUCUGUCAUGCGGUUAAUCUUGGAAGCGAAGAAAAAAAGGAGACAAGUUGAUCGUCCUGUGAAAGUUCGCCUAGGAAUUAUGAGGUAUGUUUAUAUUAUUAUUGACUGUUCAUCGACUAUGGCUGAGAAAUCGCUUUCAACUACUCAUCUGAAUGUCACUCUAAAGGCACUUGAUCAUUUCGUUGAAAAAUUUUCUGAGGCUAACCCGAUUUCUCAACUUGGAAUUAUAGUUUGUAAAGACAAGCGGACAGAACGCUUAAUUCCGCUCACAGGCAAUGUUCGGUUAGUCAAGGAAGCACUUUCUACACUGACAGAGCUCUCAUGUCGAGGGGAAUUCUCCUUACAGAAUAGCCUCACCUUAGCCAUGAAAAGUCUUAAGGAUUUGCCUGGAUAUGCUAGUCGUGAAGUUAUCGCAAUCAUUUCAAGUUUAUCUACAUGUGACCCUUCAAAUAUUUUUGCAACUUUUGAAGUACUGAAAAGAAGUAACAUUCAAUGCUCAGUAAUUGGUUUGAAUGCUGAAGUCUUUGUGUACAAAAAACUUGCUACAACAACGUCAGGGCGAUACGACGUUGUAUUAGAUAAGUCACAUUUUGAAAUUCUUCUUGGCGAGCACGUCAAUCCUCCGAAGGCUAAAAAAGACUUUGAAACAAGUGUUGUACGGAUGGGAUUUCCUUCAAGACAGAACAUUGAAGACGUAACCUUUUGUUUAUGUCACCAAUCGGAACAACGCGAACCGUUAGGCCGAGGCUUUCUCUGUCCCCAGUGUGGCGCGCGUUAUUGUAGCUUACCCGUCGAAUGUCGUAUUUGCAAGUUGACCCUGAUAUCCGCACCUCAGUUGGCUAGAUCAUUUCUACAUUUGUUACCUCUUGCUGCAUUCAAAGAAAUAGAUUCAAAAGAAGGAGAAACCUGCUUUGGCUGCGAUAGAAUAUUGGACGAAAAAUGCUUUUCGUGCAAAAACUGCGAAUCUGUUUUUUGCUUAGAUUGUGAUCUCCUUUUACAUGAAUCAUUACAAAUAUGCCCCGCUUGCUCUCCAAAGUAA